AAAAUAGAGAGAGAGAGAGAGAAUAAUUUAACAAUUUGUGUAUUUUGCUAUAUUGAGGUUAGGGAAAAUUUCAAAUUAGUGCAUGAUUUUGAUAUUUUAUAUUAAAUGAACAUAUCCUGCCCCACCACUCUUUGGUUCUAAAAUUUCAAACGUUUUGAACCAUACCAUUGACAAACUAAAUAUUUAUUUUGUUUAUGAAACACACCCAGACUAAUACAAAAUGUUGUCUUCAAUGGUUAAAGAGCACCAAACCAAACAAUCUAUGAAAAAAGAAAUGCAGGAAGUUAAACGAAAGGAAGCAUGUUCUGCAGCAAACGAUCUUACGCAAGCUCUGGUAGAUCAUCUGAAUGUUGGAGUAGCUCAGGCCUAUUUGAACCAGAAAAAAUUAGAUGCAGAAGCUAAACAACUUCAUGCUAGUGCAACAAACUUUUCAAAGCAGACUCAGCAAUGGCUCAACUUAGUUGAAUCUUUCAGUGGAGCACUCAAGGAACUAGGUGAUGUGGAGAAUUGGGCAAAGACAAUUGAAGGGGAUGUUAGAACCAUCACUAAUGCACUGGAAAUAGUUUACAAGACUUCUCAAGAAAAUGAUCAUGUAUAAUGUAAAACUUUCUUAUUAGAAUAUAAAGAGCAACAACAAUUUUGAAAGAGAUUAUAUAUAAUU